AGGUGUCACCGUCUUAAGCGACAAUGUCAUCCCGCUGAUGUGCUGCGUCGGCGCAGCGAGAAGAAGCAAAACUCGUCCGACGACCGCAUCGCCAAGCUGGAGGGAACGCUGGGCCAGCUGAUGUCGCUGCUCCAGAAGGGCAACGUCAACGCGGGCAUCAUGAGCAGUAUUGAAGACGUCGGCGGUAUAGGAAACGUAAGUAACAUUGGCGAUGACAGAGUCGGCGCUUGGUCGCAACAGCAGCAGCAGCAACAGCAGCAGCAGAGAUCACCACUGCAACCACAACAUGAGCAGCGACUACAGCCACGGCUGAGCGGCACCCUGACAUUCAACGACCAAGAUGUUGAUACCGAGACCGAUGCCACCGGCGCCUCUGCUUCUUGGUGGGCAGCGGACAAUGCGAACGGGUUCAGCACCAGCCGCAUCCCUCUGGCCACGCCGCCCUCAACCGUGGACGCGUUCAUGUCGCCGUCUGUAUCUCCUCUCUUAGCAUUGCUCUCUCUCGAUACGUUCCGGUCGCGAAUGCUGCAUCACUUCUCCUUUGUUCACUUACCUGCCCACUUCACGGCCGAGCAGCUGUGGGAAGAGCGGCCUUUCCUGUUCCGCGCAAUUGUUUGCGUGACUUCGGUAUCAGCUGAGGACAAGAGGAAACGCUCCCUCGAGCUGAAGCGUGUACUGUGCGAAAAGGCAUUUCUACAACUGUCGUCGCACCAGAAUCAGCAGCAACAACAGAAAACAGUUGAUUUGCUGCUAGGUCUCCUUAUCUACAUUGCGUGGGGCUGGGAGCACCUCUUUAGCCGUCACAGUCUGUCUCGACUCAUGGCGUUGGCCACUUCGUUGGCUGGAGAGUUGGGUUCUCUGGAUCAAGCCGUACCAGAAGUUGCACAGACAAUAAGCCGCCUGGAACCAAAUGGCAGCUUUGGCGGUGCGUAUAGUGGCAUGGCGGCGACAACGGCAACGACUCCGGGUGCUGGAGUGACCAAUGCUUGGCUCUACCUCGAGCGCCAACGAGCCAUUCUAGGCUGCUUUGUGCUUGGGUCGGCCGUCUCAGCCUACUUCUCCCAUGUUGAUGCGCCGCGAUGGACACAUCAGAUGGACGAGGGUCUAGCUGCAAUUAUCGCCAACGGCAACAAUGCCGGCGCAGAAUGUCCCUCCGAUGCUGCACUUGCUAUUCAGGUCCGCCUGCAGCUGCUUGCCCUAAAAGCUGCCCAGGUCAGGGAGUACGCCCAACUCCCGGAUCAUCCCCCACCAGAGACGCUUUCACCUCAAUCUCUCUUGUGCAUCAAGGGGCUGAUGGGACAGGUCCAAGAGCUCCGUGCGUCUGUCCCUCCGGUAUUCCAGCAGCACUUUGUCCUCCUAGCUCAGACGUACUACACAGAAAUGUGCAUUAUCAACACUAUCCACCACCCGCCAUCCGCUCGCGGACCACAGGCGAAGCCACCACCGCCAACAUGCGGGCCUACACGCCUAUCCUGCUUUUGGCAGUCGGCGCUGGCAAUCAAGUCGUGCACGUCGACCUUUCUGACGCUGUCGCCGUCUGGGCUCCGUGGCGUCUCCUUCAUCCAGUGGGCUCAGCUGGCACGCUGCGUGGCCACCCUGCACCAACUCAGCGUGCACCACGAACCGGGGUGGGACCUAGCUGCUGUGCGCAGCCUCGUCGACUUGCCCGUCCUCUUGUCCUGUAUGGCGGACAAACUAGAACUCGCCGCUGUAGAAGCGUGCGAGCAGCCGGCAUCAGCCGAUGGCGUGUUCACCCAGCUUGCACGCGGCCUACGCAUGUAUAAGUCGGCUUAUCAAGACAAAGGGCCGCUAACCCAACAAGAUGAUUCGCGAAGAACAUCAGAAGUGGGAGAUGGAGUAGACUCCAGAGUGGAUGCGGCUACGGCUACGGGUAUGGCCACAACUACGGAUGCAAAUAUAGAUGUGUGGACAUAUGGCCAAGAGGCGGGAUCCUUAAUGAGUCCCACUUCAUGGCUGGAUCAAUUUUUCGUUGACUUCAAGGAUUAA